AGUGAUUUUGGUGCCAUGGCUGACCGAAAGGAGUGAGUGGGCGUGGUGGCCGUGGGUGUGGUACUUGAUGCAUGUAUGUUAUUGUUAAACCCAUUGAAAGUUGAUAAGUUGUGCAUUUGAUUUCUGCAUGAAUUAUGUGUAUUGAUGAUAAAUUAAUGAUAAUUUCAACUUAAUAUUUCAAGAAAAAAAAAACAGGCGGGAAUUAAAGCAUGUUUAAUUCCAGCCUCAUUUUUUUCAUGGUGUACAGGCGCAGACCAUGCAUUGACUGCUGCCUGGUACUGGUAUUAAAAUGAAUAGAUACAUGACUAUAUCUAUAUUCUGUUGUUUUGUGUCAUCAUAUCAACAUGAUCAAUAAGCUGUCUCAUCAAUUCACAUGAUGUACACAAUAAUGGGUCCCUGUUUUAUUAUGUUUACUAGGAGGGAGAUUAUUUUGUAAAUGUGAUUUUAAAUGUAGUAGAAAUUCAGAUAAUGUCAGAGACUUGCUUUUUAACUUUAUAUAUUCCAAUAUAUUUAAUGGUAAUAUAUUCUAUAAUUCUAAGCAGUGGAGUACAUUUCUAGCUACAUGUACUGUUGCAGCUCCAGCUGUCUGAUCUCGCAUUCUCGGAUCUGCAAACAAGUUUGAGACAUCAUGAGGGGGAUGUCUGCAAAAAUGAUGAUUUGACGUUUUGACCCGUGCUUCCUUUGUGACAUCAUAAUGCAUUCCCGGCAUCCCCCACCUGGUCCAGGACCCGAGAGGCCUCCUUUCAACCCUCGGCUUUCUGGACCUUACUCAAGGCCUCCCCCUCCAAGAGGACCAGGAACAGGUCCUAUUCGCUUUGGUCAGAACCAUGCACCCUUAGGACCACCUCCAGGCUCACAGGGACCAUUUGGACCUCAAGGACAGUACCCUGCUCAUCCACCAGAGGUGCAUCCAAAUGGGCAUGGAGAUUGGCCUCCACCGGUUGGACGGAACAUGGCUUUUCCGAAUAGGCCUCCACCUCCGCUACCACCCUUUAUGGGGCCACCGCCACCAUUUUCAAGGCCACCGCCCCCUCUGCCCUUCCCCAACGGUCCUCCUCCCAGGCCUGACAUGCGGAUUCCACCCCCAGGGUUUGACUUUAGAAUGAGACCACCACCCCCUUUCAACCCUCAGAGACCUCCUCCUGCACCCCACUUGCCACCACCUCCUCCAGACUUCUCUAAUCAUCCUGAUAAACAAGGGAUGCAGAUGUCAGGAUUUGAUCACAAAGGAGGAGGAAACAAACCUAGAGAACAGUGCGUUCCUGGCGGACAGCAUCAAGACCACAAAUUUCGGCCACCUGGCAAUGUCUCCUCACCUGGAGACAGAUUUUCAAAGCAGCAUGGCCAAACCAGCCAAGAUUCUUCCUACAACCCUCACCGGGAAGCACAGAGACCACAGAACUCUUCUAGGCAGGAGGGGCCAAAAAACAAAGAUCUUGAUGGACUAGGGUCCCGACUGAGCCGGCAGUCUGAUCAACAAGAUCAAACAAGGGACGGAGGGUAUCAUGGUUCCAGCAAAGACUCUAUUGAAGGUGACAGACAACGGUCAGCGGAUGACCGUUAUAGAGACAGAGAACGGUCAAGAGAUCGCUCGGCCAGAGACAGCAGAGAUUUAGAUUCCAGGGAUUACAUUCGUCGGCAAAGGGACAGGUCCAGAGAGCGAUCCUCAAGGAGGGAGAGGUCACGAUCUCCCAGACAAGGUCGCCAUGGAGACAGAGGCAGGACAAGGGAGAAGAGUCCAUCAAGAGACAGGAGCUCAAGGAGAGAGCUCCAAAGUGAAGACUCAAGAAGCAAUGAAAGAUCCAGAUCACCUAGAAGAUAUGACCGGUCUUCAAGGGAAACAAGUUCACAGAGGAAUAGCAGUCCUCAUUCUAGGACCAGUGUUGAUAGUCGUGACCAGAAAGAUAGGAGAUCCCGAAGCCCUUCACGGGAUCAAAGGUCCAAGGAUAGAGAGAGUUCCCUGCAUAGAAAAAAUAGUAGAAAAACAGAUGGGCCAGCCACAGAUCCAAGUAAACCCUGCCAGCGCUGGAAUGAUCUGGAGAGAGAGCUGCGAGAGGAAGAGCGUCAGGAGAAAGAGAAGGAGGUAGAGAGGGACCCCUUUGAGGAUUCUGACCCAGAGGAUUGGGGUGCGGAUGAUACCCCUUGGAUCCAGUGUUCCCCAAGAGAAAACUUCUACUCCAUUAACCCUAAUGAUCAAAUUAAUGCAAGUUCUAUAGCUGGUACGGAGAAAAUGAAAGAACUUCUGAAGCGGUUUGAGGCAGAACUUGUCGAACGGGGACCUCGUGUCAGAGCGAGCCAGCCCGAGCCAGAGCAGAAGAAGCCCGAACUCCAUUGGCAUUACCAUUCUCAUGACGACCAUGGGCAUAGCGAUAGCAGCGAUAGUGACUCUGACUCGGAUGCCUCGUCGGGCGAGGAGGAUGAGAAUUAUGAUUUCCGCAUUGCAUGUCUUGAGAAUAGGGCCAAUCAUCCGUGGCGUCUGGCUGAGAAUCUGUGGUUCAAUGACCCCGGAGAGAUGUACGAUGGUCCCCUGUGCAAGUGUAGCAUCAAGCAGAAGAAGAGCGGUAUCAGGCAUAACAUCUUUCCUGGAGAGAAACCCAUCCCACUGUGUGAGCCGCACACCAACAAUGCCUCCAGGCUGCACCAUUACAGAGUCACCAUCUCACCUACUACCAACUUCCUGACAACUACCCAGACUGUCAUCAUCUACGACAAACGAGAGUACAUCUUUGAAGGAUUCUCCCUCUUUUCACACCAUUCUUUGGAAGAAGUCCCAGAAUGCAAGGUGGUCCGAUUUGGCCGGGAGUACACCCUUCACUUCUUCCCAGAGCCUAUGCCUGAGCAUUUUACAGUGAAAGGCUUGGAUUUAUUUUCAAGGUUCUUGUUUGAAGAAAUUCUUGAACUUUGGGACUUUGAUUUCAAAGGAAAGGAAGGUGGAUGUCAUCACUUCCAUUUCAUGCCCCGCUUUGCCCGUCUCCUUCCUAACAACGGCAAAGAGAUCCUCUCCAUGCACCACGUGAUCCAGUACCUGAUCCGAAGCAGCAGACCGAUCAUAGAUCCGGCCAAGCUGGACGACUGGCUGGCCGUCAGCGAGACCUCGUGGCAGAGAUACGUGGAUAAGCUUCAGCAUAUGAUUGCCACGCGCCCAGGGAAGAAACCAUCAUCAAUACGGAUUGAUCAGCUUGACCGAGACCAGAUGGACCCGGAGAAGAAGACCUUUCCCGUCAUUGUCCACUUUGGUGUCCGGCCCGCCCAGCUUUCCUACAUUGGAGACCCGAACUAUCGUAAGCUGCUGAAGUCGUUCACCCGACUGCGUCAUCUGCUGCUGAAUAAGCCGAGAGUGACCGAAGCGGACAAGGAGAAAAUGGCGGAGAAAGAGGCUAAACUGCAGAAAAUCCGUAUCCAGGGAAGCAGGGUCCGAGAGGUCACGGCAGAGGUCAGCAGUGAGCACAUGCUAGCCACUGGUAUAGGAGUGGACAUCUGUCAGCAUGCUCUGAUGCUCCCAGUGCUCGUCAAUCACCUUCGAUACUUCGGUUGCCUCAACAACCUCUACAAGGUUCUGGGCUACAAGUUCCAGGACCCCAUGCUCCUAAGGUAUGCUAUGACACAUCCGUCUUACAAGCUGUACUUUGGAACCACCCCCGACCAUGUGAGGAACUCUCUGUACAACUGUGGUAUCCGCUGCAGACAGGAUCACACAGAACACAAGAAGGUCCUUGCAAAAGAAAGAAAGAAAGGAAUCAAUCAGCUGUACCGCAUCAUGUCUCUGAUGGCUUCAAACGACGAGCUGCCGUCCCACAUCAAGCACUACGAGCGUCUGGAGUUCCUCGGGGAUGCAGUGAUCGAGUUCCUUUCCAGUACUCACCUCUAUCACCUGUUCCCAGACCUGGAGGAGGGUGGGUUGGCGACGUAUCGUAUGGCACUAGUCCAGAACCAACAUCUGUCGGUCUUGGCAAAGAAACUUGAACUUGAUAAGUACAUGCUCUAUGCCCAUGGGCCUGACCUCUGCCGACCCUAUGACCUUCGACAUGCGAUGGCAAAUUGCUUGGAGGCGGUCUUUGGCGCAAUAUACCUGGAGGCAGGGCUGGAGCUUUGUCGGGAGAUCUUUGGCAAAUUGCUGUUCGAGGAAGAACAUUUUCAAAAUAUCUGGUUAAAACAUCCCAAAGACCCCUUACAGGCUGAUUUCCCCGACACAGACCGACACCUGAUCAAGAAUUCAGAAGUGUUACAGAAACUGACAGUCUUUGAGGAAGACACUGGGAUGCGGUUCCGGCACAUUCGGCUUCUUGCCAGGGCGUUUACCCAGAGAUCUGUGGGCUAUACCAAUCUGACACAGGGCUCCAAUCAAAGGCUUGAGUUCCUUGGUGAUUCUGUGCUGCAGCUUGUUGUGUCCUCAUACCUCUACAAACACUUCCCGUAUCAUCACGAAGGACACUUAUCACUCUUGAGGAGUUCUUUGGUCAACAACAAGACCCAGUCUAUCAUAGCCCAGGAACUUGGUCUCGUUGAGUACAUCAUAGAGCCCAAGAUCAGACCCAGGAAUGAGAACAAUGUUCCUAUGAAGAUCCUGGCUGAUCUUGUUGAAGCUUUGAUUGGUGCCAUGUACGUAGACCAUGGACUCGAUGUUGUGGAAACGUUCUGCGGUGUAGUAUUUUAUCCUCGGCUAAAGGAUUUCAUCCAGAAAAACCACUGGAACGAUGCCAAGUCCCAACUCCAGCAGUGCUGCUUGACCUUACGAGUCGAAGGUCAGGAACCAGACGUACCCUACUACAAGGUCAUCAGCCAGAGCGGGCCCACAAACUCCCGUCAGUACUCGGUAGCCGUCUACUUCAAGGCAAAGCGGAUGUCGACGGGGACAGCGUCUAAUAUCAGGGACGCCGAGAUGGAAGCUGCCAAGAAUGCCCUGAGGAAGGGGAACUUCCCGCAUCUUUAUUUCCAGCGGAAGUGCGCGAUGUUGCGGAAGCAGAGGGAGGCCAUGAUGGAUGAUGAAAGGAUGAAGGAAGAGGAGGAGAGAAGGAGGAAUGGGGAGGGGAAAGGAGAUAGUGGAGCGAGGAGAGGAAGAAGCGAUGAUUCAAGAGGAAGGAGGGAUGAGGGAAGGGUGGAUUUUUCUAGGAGUGAAGGAAGGAGGGAUGAAAGGAGAAGGGAGGAUGGGAGAAGGGAAGAUAGGGAUGAGAGGAGGAGAGAUGAGGGUAGGAGAGAUGGUGGUAGGAGAGAUGAGGGAAGGAGAGAUGACGGACGGAGAGAUGACGGACGGAGAGAGGAUGGAAGGAGAGAUGAUGGUAGUAGAGAGGAUGGAAGGAGAGAUGAUCGAAGGAAAGAUGAGGGAAGGAGAGAUGAGAGGGAAGAGAGUAGAGAUGACAGGAGGAGGGAUGAUGGCAGGAGAGAUGAAAGAAGGAGGGAAGAAAGGAGAGAUGAUCGUAGGAAAGAGGAAGGUCGGAGAGACGAAGGAAGAGGAGAGAGGAGGAGAGAAGAAAAUCAGACAGUGGAAAGGAAGGAUAGAAGAGACGAAAGAGCAAACGACAGGAGGAGUGAUGACAGGAGAGAUACAAGGAGAGAUGAUGUAAGAAGAGAUGAAAGAAAGAGAAAUGAUGGAAGGAGAAGGGAUGAUAAGAGUGAUGGAGAAGGUAGACCCGCAGAGAAGAAAGACGAUGCUCCCUCAUCAACAGAUGUCAAUAGUAGAGAAGAGAGGAAUAGAAAUAUUCAUGGAAAGAACAAGCCAGUAACAGAGAGAUGACAUUCAGCAGAUGCGAUAGAUAGAUAGAUGAUGGAAAUAUGAGGAUUUGGAAGAGACAUUUGAAAAAGACAUGCAACCUUGAAAGGAUAAGGUCGAAACACUUCCUUUGAGAAAAUAAAGACAAUGACAAAGACAAAUUGAUCGAUGAGAAUAAUUUGGAUAGAUGAGAUGAUUGGAAAUGCCUUUGAGAGAGAGGUGAGCAACCUUGAAAGAACUAUGCCUUAAGAAAAAAUAAGAUGAUGACGGAGAUAGACAGAUGAAGAGGACUGAAAGAAAGUAAAGCGAAACCAUCAGUCAGUACUUGGAAUGAGGUAGGAACUAGAAAUGUUUGAAAAACUGUGAAGUUAAAGAUAAAUGAAUGUCAAUGCAUUUAAUGCCGAUUUCAAGGUUAACUGUCUCUUUAUCAUCCGAACUCGAGAUUACAUACAUGUACAGUUACAUAAACUGAACUUAAUGUAAUCACGAAAUCUGAGCUGAAAAAUGACCACACCGAAGCUUGCCAACACCAAUAAGCACACGUGGGACAGUGUAUUAAUGUUGCUUUGAAAAAAGCUAACAUAUGGCUGGAACGCAUGCUCAUUCUCUGUAUUUCUCGACAAUUACAGUUUCUUCCAGAAUCCUCUGCCACAUACUUUUCAUCUAUACAAAGAGACACUUGGAUGGUCAUUUGAUUGCAUUUGUACAAAAUCAUAUUGAAGAAAUUGUUACAACUGUUAUUUAUCUUUAAAUUGUCUUAUCUGGAAAAUCAUUUUACCAUACUAAAUCAUGUUGAUGUCACAGACUUGAAAUCAAUUUGGGGCUAUUGGUAUUAUAUGAGGGUAGAUAUUAUAUUUGUUUAUAUGUAUUGAAAAAUUACCAGUCAUCAUAAAACAUUUUUUUACGAUUGAUUGCAUUGACUACAAUGUACGAUCAAGCAUUUGGUUAAUCACUAACCUUGGUGUCACAGGACCCAGGGCAUGGGUCAUUUGGUUUCAUUUGCAAGCCACUGAAAUCUCUCAAUCUAAUUGGCUAAACUUUUUUUAUUUGCCUUUGUUAAUAUAACAAAUGUUUCUCAAACAGAAUAUGCAUAACAUCUGUUACUGGCAGUUGAUUUUUCCCAAAUUAAACAGAUUUUUUUUGUUCUAUGAGAUUCGACUUGCGUAUAGGUAUCUGUCCAUGUAUUUGACUUUUUAAAAGUUCAAGAUGAAUCUGAACACCAAUAGAUGAUGGUGCUUUCAGUUUGAAUCUUUGGACAUAAUCAAAUUAUAAUUGCAAUCAUCCUUCACCAUCUUAUAGACAAUUUGUUUGAAAGACAGUAUUGUAAUUCAGACACUACACGACAUGGCCUGUUUUUUGCCUUUUUUUUAUCAAUUCAGCCAAACAGCUUUAAUAAUAUUCAACUCACUUGCCAUGAAUACUUUUUCUUCUCUAUUUUCUUUGAUGUGUCUGUUUUACUUCUUUUAUUUUUAAAUAUUGACAGCUCAGGUAGUGCUUUUCAUUUAUUUACAUGUGCAAUGAAAUUUCACCACUAUAACCCCCUCUUCUAACGUGAACCUUACUAAAUUCUGAUGCAAUGUUGCAGAAUCAUCGUUCAUGUUAACUUACACAUACUCAAAUUUGAAUAUCGAGUAUAUAGCGAAUAUUUCCGGGUGAGGAAUUAUUUAGGAGGGCUAUUUUCAGUCUUUGAGCUAUUCAGAUUAUUUAGAGCUAACUUUUCUUGGUGCACGUCAAAUAAUGCACAACAAUAGUAGCAUAAGGCUUCAUCUGUUAAAAUUUUUUUUAUUGGACUUUCUCAUCAGGUCUUUAAUCAAUCAUGGGGUUGAGAAACUAUGGUAGAAUAAAAAUGAUGAUUCUUGUGGCAGAUUUGGGGUGAUUUUGAAGGAAAUGGUUGCCUCAAAGAAUAAGUUUUUGAGGACAUUUCAGGGGAUGGUCCGGGCUGAAAAUAUUUAUAUCUUAAUACAUAGAGUAGAAUUCACUGAGCAAAUGCUAAAAAUUUCAUC